GUAAAUUGCAAGCAACACAUGGUAAAUAAACAAACAACAAAAUAUGUUACCAAACACGUUCUUACGUUUCGUCUGGUGUUAACUUCGCAAUUCAUUUGGUUACUUGCUGUCAGUGUAGUUGUUUGAGAAAGUUUAAGGAAACCGACAUAUUAAGAGAUCUACGCGGAGCAAGCAAUGGAUUCAAUGGUUUUAUGGUUCACUGUCUUUUGUCUCGUCUUUUCAUUAGCAGAGGGCUGGUUCUAUGACAAAUCAGAAGUAUGUUAUGGAACACUGGGAUGUUUCAAUAACCGGUACCCGUUUACAAACGCGUUGGGGAAGUUGCCAGAGUCACCUGAAGUGAUUGAUACUAAGUUCUUCCUUUUCACUCGGACUUCACCAACGGACUAUGUGGAACUCGUGCCAUCAACCCUAACCGAGCUCAAGCCUAUUAAACUGAUAAUUCACGCGUACACCGAGUCUGCACAAAAGCAAUGGGUUAAGGACAUGGUCGCUGAAUUACUGGAAAAUGGUGACUAUUACGUCAUUGUCGUUGAUUGGAGUAACGGCACAGUAGAGCCUAAAUAUCUGCAAUCGGUUGCUAAUACAAGAGUUGUAGGAGCGGUAGUGGCGCAGCUUCUUAAAACAUUGAGAGAUGAAAACGGCAUCGACCCUACUAACAUGCACAUAAUUGGGUACGGUCUUGGUGCACAUGUAGCCGGAUACGCCGGCGAGAACUUUGAAAAUAUUAGCAGAAUAUCAGGGCUUGACCCAGCUGGCCCAGCAUUUCAGUUUGCUCGCCCGAUUGUUCGUUUGGACCCAACUGAUGCAAGUUUUGUAGACGUCAUCCAUACGAACGGUAAACUUCUAGGUUUAGGCAUUAAGAAGUCGGUUGGCACAGUGGAUUUCUAUCCAAAUGGAGGGAAAGCACAACCCGGAUGUCCAGAAUUCUCUGAUAUAGUUACUGACCUGUUAAACGACGCGGAUUUGCAGGGUGCGAUUGAUGACCUGUUUUGCAGCCAUCAACGUUCAGUGGAGUUUUUCAUCGAAUCAAUAAACACCAUGUGCCUAUUUAACGGAUACCCAUGUCCCGACUUGACCACGUCAAGUUCGUGCAAUUCUUGUGGCACCGGAUGUCACCGGAUGGGAUUUCAUGCAAGCUCUUCAAUGAAUCCGGGACAAUUCUACUUACAAACAAAUUCAGUCGAACCUUAUUGUAUAAUUGACAACUCUUAUGAUGGAUAAAAAUGUUUUAGUAGCGCCAAGUUAGUUACUUAUUCUAUAUUCCUUAAUUUCAUUCGUGGUAAAAUUAUCUUAGUAAUGUGCAAAACUAAGGCUUACCUGGAACAUAUUAAACGCAUUUUUCAACAGAACCCUGCUACAGUAUAAUCUAACUAAAAACCCAAGAAUGAAUAAACAGAUGUUGAACAGGUUACUGUUUAUUUAACCCUCGAUAUUCGCUAGAAAAUAUUCGAUAGAAUACAUAUAUAUAAACAAACUUCUCUGCCAAAAGGAAACACGUGUAACCUGUUACAGUACAGUCUGGCUAAAGUAUGCAUUGGUUGUACAAAAACUGAAUAUGGAAUAAGUAACUAAUUCGCUAGAAACUGUCUGAUGGACUGUCGACAUAGGAAACUUAGAAAUCAUCUUACAAUUUAAGAAACAUUUCCUUGGUAAUUACAGUUGUAGAUCAGUAAAUUAAGCGGAGGAUAUGAUGUCAGUCAAAAAUGAUUUGAGAUCGAUUGAGUUGCAAUUCAAGUUAUGACGUCAUAUUGUUUGACAUUUUUUCAGCAAAUGAAUGUAUUUACCUUGUGUCUUAAUAAUGAAAUUAAAUUAUGCAAAUAAACAA